AUGAGUGCUGCUCGGCAGCUUCUCUACCGCCGCUUGACCGGCGUACUAGCCGUCGCCGCGUCCACAGCCCCACGCCGGGCACUGCGACAGCCCGAGCCCAAACUACAGCAAUCUCAAGCAACAGAGAAGGCCAACCGCUCCAAGAAGGGCGAUGCCGAUCUCAUCGAGGAAACGUCUGAUCAAGACAUCUACACGCCUGCAUUCGAGUCCGAUGACGAGGGAUCAUGGUCGCUGUUCUCUCAAGGUAUCGAUAGCCUCCUUGACAGCAUCGGCAAGAUCAAGCUCAGCGGGCUCGGAGACAAGGUCGUCGACUUCGUGUUGCCAUCAUGGGCACGCCUCCUGCCUGCAGCGAUCAAGAAGCUGCAGUUCGAGAUCACCAUGGAGCCUGGUACCCUGGCCGAUGAAAUCUGGGAAGAGGCACAUGACCCAAGCAUCAACCCUGAGAUUCUAUGGCAGGCAGAUGUGCGGAUAGGAACAGGGCUAGGAAGGGAUGAGUUACGCUUCCGCGACAAGCGGAAAGCACAGAUGGUGGGCGCAUUUGCGAAGUAUUUGGAUCUGAAGGAGAAAGACAUCGACCCGGAGGAUAUACCCAUUAUUGCGAUGUGUGGCAGUGGAGGAGGUCUGAGGGCUCUGGUUGCAGGCACAAGCAGCUACCAGGCGGCUAAACAGGCAGGUUUGUUUGAUAUUACGAUGUAUACGAGCGGUGUUUCGGGAAGUUGCUGGUUGGAGGCACUAUUCUACUCGAAGUUGGGCAAAGGCAGCCAUGCGGAUAUGUUGAAGCACAUCAAGUCAAGAGUGGGCACGCACAUCGCUUUUCCGCCCCCGGCACUGAAAUUGGCCACCAGCGCGCCAACGAAUAAAUUCAUUCUUUCGGGCUUUAUCGAGAAAUUGAAGGGCGAUCCGAACGCGACGUUUGGUUUGGUGGAUAUCUACAGUUUACUCCUUGCGGCGAGAUUAAUGGUGCCACAUGGAGAUCUGGAUAUCCAUUCGGAGGAUUUGAAAUUGUCCAAUCAGCGGACUUACAUUCAAGAUGGGCAAUUGCCUAUGCCCAUAUACACAUGCGUCAGGCAUGAGAUACCUAUCGAGGAGGAAGAGAAAGCCAAUAAGAGCAACCAAGAGACUCAGGAAACGAUACGAGAAAAGGCGAAGAAGGAGGCAUGGUUCCAGUGGAUUGAGAUGCACCCGUGGGAAGUUGGAUGCGAAGAGUUUGGAGCUUGGAUACCAACCUGGAGUCUCGGACGGCCAUUCAACAAUGGUCGAAGUCAGAUCCUCGACACUGGUGUCGCAGUGCCCGAGUAUCGAAUAUCACUCCUGCUCGGCAUCUGGGGAUCAGCCUUCACCGCCACAAUGUCACACUACAUCAAAGAGAUCAAGCCUCUGUUGACCGGAAUUACUGGAUGGCAGUCUAUUAGUCAGCUGCUCGAGGAGAAGAACGAAGACUUGGUCAAGAUCCACCCCAUUGAUCCCGCCACGAUACCAAAUUUUGCAUACGGCAUGAAGGAUAAGCUACCAUCGACUUGUCCGGAAUCAAUACACAAGUCAGACCACCUACAAUUGAUGGACGCCGGCAUGUCCAACAACCUGCCGAUCUACCCACUUCUCCGCGAAGGUCGAGAUGUGGACAUCCUCGUCGCUUUCGACGCCUCCGCCGACAUCCAACAAGAAAACUGCUAUCCGUCGUCGACGGCUACGCCAAGCAACGCGGCAUCAAAGGCCUUGACCGCAGCCAGCGCAGCCACUGCCGCCGAAGCAGCAAACAAGCUCAAGGAAGCAAAAGCCAAAGACCCAGCCAAGCAGAAAGAAGCCGAAAAGCGCGAGACCGAAACCGGAGCCUCGCCUGACCUUACCACGUGUAACAUCUGGGUUGGCACCAAGCAGUCUCGAGACUCAGUCGACGAGCCACCGUUGUCCAAGCGCCUCGCCUGGGACGACCCAUCGGAUAGCACAUUCCAUUUGAUGCAGCCCGACGCAGGCAUAGCCGUGAUCUACUUUCCAUUAUUGCCCAAUGAUAAAGUACCGGGCGUCGAUCCAGACAAGUCCGAUUUCUUGAGUACCUGGAAUUUCAUAUACACGCCAGAGCAGGUCGAUCAGGUGGUGGAGCUAGCGAGCACGAAUUUCAAGGAGGGCGAGGAUGCGACGAAGCGGACGGUCAGGGCGGUGUAUGAGCGGAAAAGGAAGGCGAGGAUGGAGAGGGAACAGGAGGGGGUUUGGAAGAGUAUGCGGAGGAGGAUGGCUGUUGAGGGGGAUUCUUUUGGGGGCUAG